CGCGGGCGCUGCAUGUUCUCGCUCGACGUCAAGCGCAUGCAGGAGAAGCGGCAGCGCCACGACGCGCAGCUGCAGAAGAAGCUCGCCGACGAGUCGCCGACGACAAAGGAGAAGCGCGUGCAUCGGCUGUACGGCAAAUCCACCGCCGACAUGUACGCGGGGUACCAAGAGCGCGUCCAAGAAUUUGUGCAGCAAACGCCAGCUUACUGGACGACCGACUAUGGCAUCCACGCCAAGACCAUGACCAACCCCCUGAUAUGGCCGCGCGACACGGCCAAAGAGAUUCAAACGCCUUACAUUGACGCUGGCCAUUACGAAGCGCGAGGUCGCCAAUACAAAGGCGGUGGCGAGAAAGUGGCGCUGUCGACCGCGCCCGUCACCACGUCACCGUUUCGCACCCCGACGGCCGUCUUUCAGCACGACACAUAUGCCAACCCGAUCGAGUCGCCCUUUCGGCUUCGGCUUAAACCAAAGGAGAUUCAAGCGCCGCUGCGCUACAACACGGUCAUGCGCAACCCUGCGUCGACCGAGCUCGAGUCGGACACGUUUGAUAUGACGUGGACCGAGCCGCCCGUGUUUCCCGCGUGGCGCGAUCGGUCGCCAACGAAAUGGGUCGCGGGGGACUUUGACUUGACGUUUGCGUCCACCACCACCAAGACCGCGGCUCAUCAAGGCAUUGGCUGCGUCCCACACGGCGCGACGCUCGACAGCACCGAGCCGUACUCGCCCACGACGCCUAUCGUCCCCGCCGUCCCGACACCGUUUACAUCGCGGGCGACGACGGCGCCCGUACCCGCGCAGCGACUGUACCUCAACUCGCUUUUGACGGCCGAAGGUAGUGCGAGCGUCAUCCAAGCGACCAAGUCACCAACGGCGCCGGCCCGACGAGCAGCAAAACACAAAACGAGCACCAAGUAAAAUAGACGAUACAGCGUCAACUUAUAAGGACGAAAAGACGAGGAG